AUGAAGACAGUCGUUUCAGUCGCCCUUGCUUCGGCAUCGUUGGUCACGGCGUCGCCAUUGGCGUUCGCUCAAAGGGCUGUUACGGCAUUGGAUCAAGCAGCUUUCGAAGAGGCCCAGCAGCCCGAUGCCACUGCCACUAAGGCCUUCUCUGGGAUACAGAUCCAGACCUCAGACAAACGAUGCUUGUUCGUAGACGAACUUUCGGGAGACUUUCGAGCCAAUCUUACCCCGAUCCAAGUUGGUGAAUGUGGUUCCACAGAUGGGCAAGGGUGGGACAUCAUCACGAGUGGCAAGCAUAACAACGUAGCGGACUCGAUGCUUAUCGUCAGCACUCUAACCAACGCGUGCUUCAACUUCGACCCAAGACGAGCAGCUGGGAACCAAGUCCUCUUGUUCAGCUGUGGAGGCCGGGCUGACGGCGGCGGCGAAGUCACGGACUCGCAGCUGUUUCCUUACUUUGGCGGCACAGGACCGGGGAUGUUUUCGCCUGAAAACGACGCUCAGUCAUGCCUGACUGUCGAUGGAGAUGUCCUCAGUGUCGCAGCCUGUGCCACAAACAACAAUGACCAGAUGUUCACGUUCGGUGAUGAUUCUGCCAACGUGAGCAUUCCCGCUCAGCCAAGUGACCCCAUCGUAUCCUCCGGCUCGUCCGCCACUACUGCUUCUCCAGUCGCGACGACCACCGGUCAAACGACUGGCAGCGUUGAUACCACCACGACAGCACUGGCGUCAGACAUCAGAGCGACGGCAUCCAGCACUGGGGCCGCGGAGGCUUCAUCCCCAGCAACAAGUGAUGCACCCGCCGAAAGUAUACCAGACCCUACAGAAGCAGUCCCCGUUUCCCGCGCGGGAGGCACACUCGUGCCCACAGCCGCCGCAGAGUCGCACGAAAGAGACAAUACCGCCACUCGCGUUUUCACAUCCGUGAGCAUAAAGGCACCAGGUGGGCAGUGUCUAUUCAUCGACCCGACUGCAGGAGACUUCCGACAGAACCUGAUCCCGGUGUCCUUGGUCGACUGUGCCGGCGCGCCGAAUGAGAAGUUCGACGUCAUCACCGCAGGGGUGCAUAACGAUGCCCAGGAUUCGGCUUUGCUGGUGAGCAGCUUGAUGAACGGCUGUAUCAGCUUCGAUUCUCGUCGCCCAGCUGGAGACACCGUCACGAUCUUCUCUUGUGGAGGCAGGGCAGACGGAGGGGGCCUGACCAAUACUGGUCAGCUCAUCCCAUUCACUGGCGGUACUGACCUGGUGCUCGCGCCCGAGAGCGACCGUAACGUGACUUGCAUUGUGCCUGGAACAGGCAGACUUGACUCCGCCCCCUGCUCUAAUGAUGGCUCGCAGGUCUUCACGAUCUUGACGUGA